GCUGCAACCAAGAUCACGACCUAAGUUCAGCCAUAGCGAGCAUGUUUGGUGCAUUCAGGACGUCACAAGUCAACUUCGGGGGUCUUCUCUGGAAGUCACCAUGGAGGCUCUCACCAACAAGGAAAGCGAAUCAGCGAAAGCGAAUGAAGGCGGUAGAUAGUGUCAUUGAGGCCGUCAGAGCAAGCGGAGUGGAGUUCAAGGCUUUGGACCGCAACUUGGCUCUGCCGAAAGAGUCUGAGAUGAAGCCAAAAGACAAGUACACCACUUUCAGCCGGACAACAGAAGGAUACCGAAAGUCGGUGCACAAGGUACCCAAGUUCACGAGAUUGACGCUGAGGGAGAAUCCUAGGGGUUUCUAAAGCGGACUAUUUGCGAUGGGAUGUAUCAUAGUACAGUAAUGUAUCACCAGACGAAAGACAUCAUUUCUUCUCUCUCUGU